CUAUUUAUUAUACGAAGAACAGGGAUUUAGUUAGAUAUUAAGUUCAUCUUUCUGUCUGAGAUCUACCGUGCUCUCUGAGGUAGGGGUAAUCUUAUCGCGUCAUUACACGCGCAUAUAAAGAUUAUGAUAAUAUAUAGCAACAUUAUUUAAGAUAUAUGUUCUAGUAGUCUAACAAGUUUAUUUCACUCUCUUUACAGCCACACUGUCGAUCCUAUUGGCACACUUGGAACUACCAAAGAAAAAAGCGUUGUCAACUAACCAACUUGUAUUAUAAUCUUUCAUGGAUGACUAUGGAAUUUUCAUCCGGAGUUUUAUAGCUAAUUUGCUGGAGACAGCCUAUUGCCACAUUUGGUUAACUAAUUAAUACUGGAGUUUAAUCAAUAUGAAUACCGAAUCUAUACAUGAAACUACUGGAAUUGUUUCGGAUAUUCAGUAGCUGACAUAAUGUGGAGGUUCAGAUAAUCAACCGGAGGUGUCCUCCAGGGUAGAUAAAUUUCGACAAAACCCCUUCAACACUAACGAAAACAAUAUCAAUUAAUAAUGUCUAACAGAUAUUCAGACGAAAAGGUCGACGUUAGCAAACUCGCUGAAAAGGUUACUCUUCCAAAUGGUGUAGUUAUCCCUAACAGAUUCUUGAAGUCUCCAAUGACAGAGAGACUCUCUACUUACAACGAUGAUCCAAACCCAAAGCUUAGAGGUAUACCAACUCAAGCUCUUAUCGAUCUUUAUAAGGAGUGGGGUCAAGGUCAAAUUGGUUUGAUCAUAGCCGGUAACACACCGGUUGCUGGAGACCACCUUGAAGCUCCUGCAAACCCAGUCCUCGGUAUUGGAUACGAAGAACCAGAACGUUUGGAACAAUUCAGAAAACUCGUUUCAGCUGCUAAGGCUGGCGGUUCAGUCGCGAUUUGCCAAAUCACCCACUCAGGCAGACAAUGUUACAAGCAAGUAAACCCAAACCCAAUUGCACCAUCUGCUGUUCCCGUAGAAGGUGUUCAAAUGCCUGGUGUCUCCUUCGGUAUGCCAAAGGAAGCCACCAAAGAAGACAUCAAGAACAUUGUCAAACAAUUCGCCUAUUCAGCUAAGCUCUGUAAGGAAGUAGGCUAUGAUGGUGUCCAAGCUCAUUCAGCCCACGGUUACUUAAUCUCUUCCUUCCUUGGUAAACACACCAACCGUCGUACAGAUGAGUAUGGUGGAUCAUUGGAAAACCGCGCACGUAUACUUCUUGAAAUCAUCGAUGCAAUUAGAGCAGAAGUCAAUGAUCCUAAGUUCAUUGUCUCCGUUAAGCUCAACUCACAAGAUUUCCGCGAAGACAGCGGUUUGACUUCUGAAGAGUCACAACAAAUCUGUCAAUGGUUGGACGAAAGAGUUGAUCUUAUUGAACUCUCAGGGGGUAGCUACGAGCGUAGCGCUUUCAUGAAUUCAGCACCAAAUCCACGUGAAGCUUAUUUCAUCCAAUACUCAGAGAAUGUACGGAAAGUCAUCAAGCACGCAGUAAUCGCUGUCACUGGUGGUUUCCGUAGCUCAAAGGCCAUGGCAGAAGCUGUCGAGACUGGUGCCACCCAAAUGGUCGGUUUAGCUAGACCUUUAUGUGGUGAACCACGCCUCUGUAAAGACAUCCUCGAGGGUAAAGUUAGUAGCGCAAGGAAGAGCUUAGUGAAUCCAAUGUUCUCACUCGCACUCGCCGGAUCACAACUCACUGCAGUGGGAUACCAUGCUGAACCAUGGGAUGACUCAAACGAAGAGAAAGCUAAGAAAUUCGAAGAAAUCUUCACUGAAUACGCAAGCUACUAUGGUAAAUCUGUCGAUGGUAAACCUGUCAGACCAGACAAGGCCGGUAUUGCUGGUUUCAUGAAGGUCGUUUUAGAUAAGCAUGGUCAACACUAUGGUAUCUCACAAAACGAACUCAUUGCUCAAGCAUAGAUACUUUGUUCUGCCAUCCUAUAUACUUUUGUUCGCUUAGAUUAUAUUAUAUAAUAAAAAUGUAAAUCAGGUUACUAGAUAUUAAUUUUUGAGAGC